AUGUCUGAACGUCAUCGCCGUGUCGUGCCGUCCUCUCUCACUCUCAUCCAAAGCACAAAUGGUAUGUGCAUUUUCGCAUCGUCAUGCGAGCCUGGCUUUACUCGGUACAUGUGCACACACAUCCAGCAGAGUGGGCACUGGGUGAUGAACGGCUCAAGGCCGACCAGUAUAAAGUGGUCGAGACUUGACGAGCGAUUCCAAACACACCACUUAGCGGACAGGACUCAUCUGUCAUCUCCGGUCCGAGCCUGCCCAAGUCUGAAGCACACGGUUCUGCCAUUUGGUACCAUGGCCGGUCUUCGCCGGUCACACACACACACAUAUACACAGACUUUUAUUACUCUAUGUUGGACAUCCGUUUUCCCCAGGAUUUAG